AUGGAACCCUCUCCUGUGUUUCAUGGGACCGCGGCGCUGCCAGCCCCGACGCUCCCGAAAACGCCGCCGGGCAAAUCUCUUGACUGCUCGCAGAGGUGGCGGCUGUGGCGGGUGUUUCUGCGCGACACGGUGGCUGCUGUGAUUUACCUGCGGCUGCCCGUCCACGGUGGCCGGUGGGCGAGCGGGACACCAGGGCAGGGGGACAUGUCCGUUGUCCUGCUGGACUCGAAGGAAUCGCAAGCGGAGCUGGGCUGGACCUCGCACCCGUCAAACGGGUGGGAAGAAAUCAGCGGCGUGGAUGAGAAUUACAAGCCGAUACGCACAUACCAGGUCUGCAAUGUCAUGGAGCCAAACCAGAACAACUGGCUGCAGACGGGCUGGAUUGCCAGGCGCGAUGGCCAGAGGAUCUUCAUCGAGCUGAAGUUCACCCUGCGGGACUGCAACAGCAUCCCUGGCGUGAUGGGCACCUGCAAGGAGACUUUCAAUCUGUACUACGUCGAGUCUGACACUGACCUGGGCCGUAGCGUCCAUGAGAGUAAGCACACCAAGAUCGACACCAUUGCUGCUGAUGAGAGCUUCACGCAGGGGGACCUGGGUGAGCGUAAGAUGAAGCUGAACACUGAGCUGAGGGAGAUCGGGCACCUGAGCAAGAGAGGCUUCCACUUGGGCUUCCAGGAUGUGGGCGCCUGCGUGGCGCUGGUCUCCGUGCGGGUCUAUUACAAGAAGUGCCUCGCCACCGUGCAGAACCUGGCCGUGUUUCCGGACACAGUGGCGGAGACAGCCUUCGCGACUUUGGUGGAAGUUAAGGGCACUUGCGUCGCUCACGCCGAAGUGGACGUGGAUAAUCCCCCCAGGAUGCACUGCAGCGCGGAGGGCGAGUGGCUGGUCCCCAUAGGGAAGUGCACGUGUGGUCCCGGCUUUGAGGAGAAGGACGGGGGAUGCAGAGCUUGCCUUCCUGGAUUUUACAAGCUUUCCCUCCGUCUCGCUCUCUGCUCUCCUUGCCCCGAGCACAGCUUCGCGCAUGAGGAAGCCUCCACGUUCUGUUCGUGCCAGAAGAACUACUCCAGGUCCCCGUCAGACCCACCAUCUGCCUCCUGCACACGUCCACCCUCUGCCCCGAGGAACCUGGUCUACAGCCUGCGGCAGUCGUCGCUGGUCCUGGAGUGGAGUGCCCCUGCCGACGCGGGCGGCCGGAGCGACCUGACCUACAGCCUGGGGUGUGGCCGGUGCCCGGCGGCACCACGUGGCACAGUGGUGCUCAGCGGUGGCGGCAGCGUGGCGGCACAGGCAGGAGGGGAGAUGGAGACCGACCUGCAACACUCUCGAGGGGGUUUUGGUCGGUGCCACGGGGAGUUGUCGUGGCAGGAGCCGGGCUUCCCGACCCCCAACGGCACGGAGUACGAGGUCAAGUACUACGAGAAGGAUCAGAGAGAUCAAAGUUACUCAACUGUGAAAACCACAUCAACGGCCGUGACGGUGAAUAACCUGAAGCCUGGAACCCUCUAUAUUUUCCAAAUCCGAACAUCCUCCUCACCGGACUACGGAAACUACAGCCCUAGUAUUGAAGUGGAGACGCUGGCGGAGCUGACGGUGGCCUCCAGCGAGCAGAACCCUGUCCUCAUCAUCGCGGUGGUGGCCAUCGCGGGGCUGACGGUGCUGGUGUCCAUGGUGAUCGGCGUGAUGGUCUGGAGGAGACAGUGUGGGUACAGCAAAGCCAGCCAGGACGGGGACGAGGAGCUGUACUUCCAUUUUAAAGUACCGACCAGGAGGACGUACAUCGACCCUGACACUUGUGAAGACCCCAUGCAGGCCGUGCACCUCUUUGCCAAAGAGCUGGAUAACGCUAGCAUUAAAAUUGAGAGGAUCAUCGGGACAGGAGAGUUUGGAGAGAUCUGCCGGGGAUGCCUGAAGCUGCCCAGCAAGCGCGAGCUGCCGGUGGCCAUCCAGACCCUGCGGGCAGGGUGCUCGGAGAAGCAGCAGCGCUCCUUCCUGGCGGAGGCGUGCACCAUGGGCCAGUUUGAUCACUCCAACGUCAUCCGCCUGGAGGGAGUCAUCACCAGAGGGAGCACCAUGAUGAUAGUGAUGGAGUACAUGGGGAACGGUGUGCUGGACUCUUUUCUCAGGAAACAUGAGGGACAGUUCACGGCCACCCAGCUGGUUUGCAUGCUGCAGGGGAUCGCCUCUGGCAUGAAGUACCUGGCAGAGAUGGGUUACAUACAUAAAAGCCUUGCUGCCCACAAAGUCCUCGUGAACAGCAGCCUGGCUUGCAAAAUAACUGGUUUCAGACGGCCACAAGAAGAUAAGAUGGAGACCAUCUUCUCCACCAUGUGUGGGAAGAGCCUGGUGCUGUGGUCGGCCCCCGAAGCCAUCCAGUACCACCACUUCAGUCCGGCCAGUGAUGUGUGGAGCUUCGGCAUCGUCAUGUGGGAAGUCAUGUCCUACGGCGAGAGACCCUACUGGGACAUGUCCAACCAGGAUGUGAUGAAGGCCGUGGAGGAUGGGUUCCGCCUGCCCGCCCCGGUGAACUGCCAGCCGCCCCUCCACCAGCUCAUGCUCGACUGCUGGCAGAAGGACCGCAGCCAGAGACCCAAGUUCUCGCACAUACACAACAUCCUGAGCAAGAUGGUGCAGAGCCAGGAGCCCCCAAAGUGCCCCAGCUCCACGUGCACCAGCACCUCCAUCCCCCUCACCGAGCGUACCUUCUCAGCCUUCCCGUCUUUCAGCUCUGUAGGCGAGUGGCUGGACGCAAUAGAAAUGGGCAGGUACAAAGACAACUUCACCGCUGCGGGCUACUGCUACCUGGAGUCGGUGGCCAGGAUGACAGCCCAAGAUGUCCUCAGCCUGGGGAUCACGCUGGCGGAGCACCAGAAGACCAUCCUGAGCGGGAUCCAGACUCUCCGGGCCCAGGUGAUCCAAAUGCAUGGCCGAGGCGUGCAGGUGUGA